AUGUCCGCGUCACAGGACGAUGCCCAUGGAACCACCGCACCUACCGCUGCUCCCGUUUCUGCAAACGCUGCGGUGCGUCGUCGUCGUGCAACGGUCGACAAUACCACUGCUCGCCGCUUAGACGUGAUAGAUCUCGACCAAGUGAUUGCCCGUGUUCCCGCACACAACACCCCGCUCAACGCCAACGACGACUCGCUGGCGUAUUUUGACGCCGGAGAAGUUGACUGUGACGUAGAAGACACUGCCGACGAAGAUACCGACCCUGCAAUGGCGACAGACAGGUCCCGCUGGGAGGCGCACGAGGUUAUGCAGCUGGCGUGGAUUCGCCACAACUACGACGCGCAGUAUCGCGGCCAGACCCGCCUGCAAGGGCAAAACCGGGACGUGAUGUUAUUCGAGAAGCUGCGGGAGCGCCACCCUGAAUUCCGCCACAAUCUGGCCGCCGUGAAGGCAAAGGUAUUCCGCAUGGAGGCGCAAUAUAGGCGUGUGGGGGAUCUACUGCUCAAUGCAUCAGGCAAGGGCCGCCCCCCGAAGCUGCCCAUCUUCUACGAUAUCUUCGACAGAAUUUUGGGCGAUCGCGCAAAUGCUCGUCCGCCCGCGCUUGCCGGUAGCCUGCCUGGCGCUAAUGUCGUGAACUUGCCGUCUACCAGCACCGUCGCAAGUAGCCGGCAACAGCGAUUCAAGACGCUGCAUCUGCAGCGCCAAUUCGGCCGAGGGCAAGGCUUCGCACCCCUUUGCGCCAGCGCACGGCAUCAUCGCCGAGUGGAUCCCCGUCGAACCCGCCGCUAA